AAAGGCAGGCUGAUGAUCCAGCUGCUGUGCGCGUGAGUGUGUGCGAGGACAUGGAUACAGCUGGCGUUUACCACUGAAACCGAUCACUUUACAGUGUUGCCGUGACAGUGAGGCACUUCCGAGAACGACAAAACUUCUUCCACAGCCGCACUCAUGUGAUUUUCCCCUUCUUUGAGCCAUGUCCAAGACCCUGAAGAAGAAGAAGAACCACUGGACAAACAAAGUCCACGAGAGUGUCCUUUGCAGGAAUGAGGAGGGGGAACUGGGGCUGGAGUUGAAGGGCGGCGCAGAGAAUGGACAGUUCCCGGUUAUCGGCGAGCUUCUCCCGGGCAGAGCGGUCUGCCAUAGCGGCAAACUCUUCCAGGAUGAACUCCUGCUGGAAGUCAAUGAUACCCCUGUGGCUGGACUCACCACCAGGGACGUCCAUGCUGUGGUCAAGCACAGCAAAGACCCCCUCCGACUCAAGUGUGUCAAACAAGGGGGCGUGAUAGACAAGGACCUGCGCCACUACCUCAACCUGCGUUUCCAGAAAGGCUCAGUGGACCACGAGCUGCAGCAGAUCAUCCGGGACAACCUCUACCUCCGCACCGUCCCCUGCACAACCAGGCAGCCCAAGGAAGGAGAGGUCCCGGGGGUGGAUUAUAAUUUCGUGACCAUUGACCGGUUUAUGGAACUGGAGAAAAGUGGAGCCCUGCUAGAGAGUGGAACAUAUGAAGAUAACUUUUACGGCACCCCAAAGCCUCCGGCUGAGCCCAGCGCUCUGCUGCUAAAUGUAACGGACCAGCUGCUCCCGGGCGCCAGACCCAGCUCAGAGGGCAAGAGGAAACGCAACAAGUCAGUCAGCAACAUGGAAAAAGCCAGCAUCGAGCCCCCCGAGGAGGAGGAGGAGGAGAGACCCAUUGUCAAUGGCAACGGUGUUGCUGUCACCCCAGAGUCAAGUGAACAUGAGGACAAGAGCACAGAUGCUUCAGGGGACAUCGGCCCGCAGAUCAACCCAGCAGAGGCCCCGAGCGAGAUACCCAAAGAUGACGGACAGAUCCCGAAGAUGGCAGUGCCCAAACCAGAGGAGAACGAUGAGCUAGGGCCGCUGCCAGACAACUGGGAGAUGGCAUACACUGAGAAAGGAGAAGUCUACUUCAUAGACCACAACACUAAGACAACAUCGUGGCUGGACCCGAGGCUAGCCAAGAAAGCAAAGCCGCCCGAGGAAUGCAAAGAGGAUGAGCUUCCAUACGGCUGGGAGAAAAUCGAUGACCCCAUUUACGGCAGCUACUAUGUCGAUCAUAUAAAUAGAAGGACCCAGUUUGAGAACCCAGUCCUGGAGGCUAAAAGGAGACUCCAGCAGCAGCAGCAGAUGCAAAGCCAGGGCCUGUCCUCACUGCCCCUUCCCACCAUCUACAGAGAGAAGCCGCUGUUCACGCGGGACCCCACCCAGCUGAAAGGCAGUUUCUUGUCCACAUCACUCCAAAAGAGCAACAUGGGUUUUGGCUUCACUAUCAUUGGAGGGGAUGAGCCCGAUGAAUUCCUCCAGGUCAAAAGCGUUAUCCCCGAUGGGCCUGCCGCAGCUGAUGGAAAGAUGGCUACAGGUGAUGUUAUUGUCUACAUCAACGAUGUGUGCGUCCUGGGUACCACCCAUGCUGAUGUGGUGAAACUCUUCCAGUCUGUACCCAUUGGUCAAAGCGUGACCCUCGUAUUAUGUCGCGGUUAUCCUUUGCCUUAUGAGCCAGAGGAAGCUGCCAACACCAACAACAACACCACCACCAUCAUCUCCCCACUGGGCAUCAUGGAGCAGCGGCCCAUUAUGGUGAACGGCAGGACGGGCUACGAUAACUACCUAGAUUAUCUCACCCGCACGGCACGCUUUGUUACAGACCCCAGUCAGGACCCAGUCAGCGCCCAGCAGCAGCUGCUCACUGGUCACCCAGCGGACACCCACUUAGAUGGCUCGCUUCCUCCCACCACGGGUACUACGCCACCAGACAGCGUCUCCAUGGCAUCAUCGGGCGCGACCCAGGGGGAACUACUUACCCUGACCAUGGUGAAGGGCGUGGAUGGUUUUGGCUUCACGAUUGCGGACAGCGCAACAGGUCAGCGUGUUAAACAAGUCCUGGAGCCUCAGGGCUGCCCGGGCCUGUGCGAGGGCGACUUGAUUGUGGAGAUUAACAAGCAACCUGUGCAGGGAUUCAGUCACACACAGGUGGUGGAGCUGCUCAAGGAGUGCCCUGUGGGAGCUGAGACCUGCCUCUUGGUUCAGAGAGGUGGAACAGGUCACUAUUCACCCUGGAAGACCCCUAAGCAGGUGCUGGAGCAGUGGGAGUCCCAGCAGGGCCAGAGCAGCCCUGCUCAGACCAGCCUGUCGGCUCCUGUUAUCCCCCACAGCGCCCCCUUCCCAACACACCAUCUCCACAGGGCCUCGGUCCCUGAGUCUGCCUCCGAGGCCUUGGCCCUGGCAAAGCCAGACCCAUAUGACCUUUAUGAGAAGUCCAGAGCUAUCUUUGAGAGUAGGCAUCCUGGGCAGCCAAGGACUGUUUUUCCUGUGGACUCUUCAGGAGGAGAGUACCAGGACAUCGAGGUCCACCUGCGCCGACAGAAGUCUGGGUUCGGUUUCCGGGUGCUGGGCGGGGAUGAGGCGGGGCAGCCUGUGAGUCCGGAGACGCGUGAGAAGAUUCUCAUCGGGGCAAUCAUCGAGAAGAGUCCAGCGGAUCUAGAUGGGCGCCUGCGGCCCGGCGAUGAGCUGCUCUUUGUUGAUGGAAUCCCAGUGGUGGGGAAGCCACACAGAUACGUCAUUGACCUGAUGCACGGGGCAGCACGAACCGGCCAGGUGAAUCUGGUUAUCAGGAGGAGGGUUCAGGCGGCAGGCGAGUCUUGUCCAGAAAACGGCCGCAGCCCGGGAUCUGUCUCCACGCAGCACAGCUCCCCACGUAGUGACUUCACGUAUGGCAACAGCACCAGCACACCCCAGGCUCCCAACGCUGGCAUGGGCAAUGCCAGCGCUACUUCAGACGGGACCUCCAACACACAACCAAGCGAUGUCAUAAUCAGUCGAAAGGAGAGCGAGGGCUUCGGCUUCGUCAUCAUCAGCUCGCUCAACCGGCCUGAGGCAGCCACAACUAACACUGUGCCCCACAAAAUUGGCCGCAUCAUCGAGGGCAGCCCGGCAGACCGCUGCGGGAAGCUGAAGGUGGGAGACAGGAUACUGGCGGUGAACAACCAGUCCAUCGUCAACAUGCCGCACGCUGACAUCGUUAAGCUGAUCAAAGAUGCAGGCCUUAGUGUCACCCUGAGGAUCAUACCACAGGAAGAGGUGAGCAAUCCUCCAUCAGCUCCCAGCUCGGAGAAGCAGAGCCCCAUGGCUCACCAGCACAGCCCUAAGGCCCAGCUAAACACUGCAGCCUCCCAGUCUAACCAAGCAGUGACAGAACCGAGCCCCUCUGUCAGCCAGCCCAACCCCAUGCCCCACCAGAGCCCUGUGACUCAGCUUCCUGCCCCGACACCUCAGACCUACACCCACGAGGGCAGUUACAGGUCUGAGGUGAAGGCGAGGCAAGAUGUUAAACCAGACAUCCGACAGCCACCAUUCACAGACUACCGACAGCCGCCGGUGGACUACCGGCACCCUCCUGUGGCAGACUAUCGGCAGCCGCCCACGUUGGAUUACAGACACCCGCCUCUGCUGGACUAUCGACAGCUAGCCACAGAUGCUAGACAGUUUGCCAUCCCAGAGUACCGAAUGCCACCAGUUCAACUUACACAGGACUUCGACUUCUUCACAGUGGAACUGGAGAAGAGCGUGAAGGGCUUCGGUUUUAGCAUCCGUGGAGGGCGGGAGUACAAAAUGGACCUCUUUGUCCUACGACUUGCAGAGGACGGGCCGGCCAUUCGCAAUGGGAGGAUGAGGGUUGGGGACCAGAUCAUUGAGAUCAAUGGAGAGAGCACUCGGGACAUGACUCAUGCUAGGGCUAUCGAGCUCAUCAAGUCUGGGGGCAGGCGGGUUCGUCUCCUCCUAAAGAGGGGUACAGGGCAGGUCCCAGAGUACGACAAUGCCGCCCCAUGGGAUGGUCGCCCUUCAGCCUCCCCAAGCCUGUCGGAAAUAGCCCCUCCCAUCGAAAGCCUUUCCAUGUCAUCGCCUUCAUCUCAUCUAGCCCCAGCCCCCGACCCUCCUCAUCUGCCACCUCAGGAUGUCCAUCGAGACCCGGUGGCACGAGACAGCAGGACGGAGCGUUCGAAGAGCCCCCAGAAAGCCGAGCUGCUAAACCCAGACCCAAUCAGCCAUGCGAGGAGAGCGGCUGCGACCAGCGGGAGCAGCAGAGCCAAGAAGGAGGGUGGCAGGUCCACCCACAAGGGUCUCAGGAUGCAGCCGACUCCUGAUGGGGAAGGGGGCAAGGACGGGCAGAGCGGAGAGCCUAAACCUUCCAGAAGCAACAGAGGAAGGUCCAAGGAGAGAAAUACUAGGGACAAUAGAGAGUCCACUCACUCUCCUAGCAGCUCUAAGCUCCUACACAUUAACGGGAACAGCAGGGAAGAUGUAGAGCGCUGGAGUGGCGCAAAGCAGGGGGAGCUGGAGCAGAGCAAGCCCAGGCCCAGGGAACUAGAAAGGGGCCAGGGAGAGAGCCGGCCUAGCCUUCCCAACAAGAGCACCAGCAGCAGCAGCAUCGCAGCGGGGAGGAAGGCCACAGUCUCUCCCGGACCUUGGAAGAUCCCUGGAUCAGACAAGCUGCCCAGCACCCUGCGCACAGGCACGUCCACUCUGAGCAGAUAACCCCGCAGCUUCAGCAGAAAACAGUGGCCACACUCAUCUGAACUAAACCACCCCAUCUGGAUGAAAGUACCAUUCUCACACCCUCCUGUGCUCCUGCAUCCCCUCAUCGACCUGUUCUCCCAUACAGUCAAAACCAAGAGGAGGGGGGCAGGGUGAUCUGGACCACGUGUUUUUAAAGUUUUAUUUAUGGAACUGUAUUUUAAAUUAUUUUGGAGAAACAUAUUUUACACCUACCACCUUAAGAACUGGAAAAUCAUCCAAGUUAACACACACAAAAAAAGAAGAGCAAAUAGAGUCUUUGUGUAGCGUGGUGGGAAUCAUUUGUGGAGUAAAUGAAUUUUGAAGACCUCUAUUUUGCUGAACCGAGGGGGGGGGGCAAACAUGCAAAUAUAAACAACAUAGCAGGAAGUAAAUGUCGGAUGGAUUUUUUUAUAUAUCUACACAGUGGAGUCUAUUUUAUGAAAAGGAAUGUUUAACGGAUGUUUUUGAGGAGAGUGAAUGGAUCAAAGAGCGACCGCAGAAAUGAAAUCGACUCAUCAGCAGAAACUUUGCCUUAACAGAGACUGUAUUGGGCCUGAACCUGUCUUGAAUAAUCUAUCAGAUGAUUAUAGACAUAGAUAUAUUAUAACGAAUAUGAAUAUGUGGGAACAUUUUGUAAAUAAGAUCAUCUUUAAGUGAACAUAUAGAAAUUCUAGUCUACAAAUAAAUGAGCGAAGCAGCACGACAUGCCCCGGAUCUUUAGGUAGCUCCUUGCUCCUGCACACUCCUGUUCCACCCUGCGAUCGCAGGUCUGAGUCUCAGCAAGCCUGCUGCGAUCGACUGCACGGCCUGUUUGAAUCAUUCGGGCUUCAGUGGGAGUGUCUCUUCAAUCUAUUUUCCUUUCUUCUGUGCGUAACGAUCAAAGCAAUCUGCGACAGUGGCGUCCAGUCGGACACUGAGAGAAGGAGCUUGCGUGAUACCAACGAAGGGGCAGAGUGCCUUAGACUGAGGACAAAAGGUUCAACCACGAAAAUACUGCAGAGGGUUCAACAUAGGCUGCUAUACAACACCCACUCUACAGAUAUAAAUAUAAACUGCGUUUCUUUAGUGUGACACGGUGAAAUAUAUAAUUUAUUUCACAAGCUUAUGUAUGAAAAUGAGUCCAUUAGCGGAGGUAUCCACGGUCCCUUUUUAUUUGUGCAAGUGGUUCAUCUCGGGUCAUGAUGCUUUUCAUUACUGAUUUCUUAAUGAGGUCUGACACCAGUAAUUUCCAUGAAGAAUUGCUUAUAUGAGAUUGUGUAAUCAAACGUCGCCACAUGGCAGACAGAGCUUUGCACCCUAAACCAAACCAAAUUAAUAAAAUCUGAUAUUAAUUCAGUAGAGAAUCAAUCUCACCUUCUCAGAAGCUCGCUUGCAUAACAAUCUGCAUCUCGAAGGAAGGACUGAAUGCUCAUGUGAACGUGACACGUUUGUCAGCUGCUGAAUUAAAUUUCUUUUAAGAGAUUUUGUGUACACUGUGUGAUAUUGAGACAUACAUAUCCAUGCCAAAGCUCUUUGGAGGGUUCCUGUUUGUUUGUUUUUUUAAGCAUUCCUGCCCAAGAAUCUGACUGACUUUGAAGGCAACGCUUGUAUUUCUAUACAUCAAGCUCGUAACUAGCUAAGCCCUGCCGCCUUUGGUUACUGCCACAGUUCCUGUCAAGCUUUCUAUUCUUGUACAAUGUUUGAUAAAACGGUGACGCUAAGACUUCAAACGGCGCAUUCUUGAUUACAGGCAGAGGUACUUGAAAGCAGCUUGACAUUUAACGUCACAGGAGGGAAAGAUUUUUAGGAUGAAGACUGUCAGGUGAAGUUGGACAAAAUGACUCAUCUGUCUCAGAUAGCAUUGCCUGAGGUUGCUGGAACAUAAACUACACAAAAUUACAAAAGUUACGCUGAUACUAAUAAAGAGCAUUGGGGAAACUUAAUCGAAUUAGUAAUUUUACAAAUCUUUACAAUCUAAAUAUUGCUCAUACUAGAAGAAGUUGAGCUAUAGCAAAAAGGCCCUGAGAACUUCAGGGUUUUGCAUUUGUUUGCAGUGUAGUCUUUGAUCUGGUUUUUCCAAGUUUAGCACAAAGUCCAGUCCUGUGACCUGGCAUUGUGUUGCAUUUAAAUGCAGAAAGACAGAAGAGGUAACCUAGUAACCUUUGCAGCGCAGAGUCAUAAAUACACAGCGUGCAAUGCUGCUCCUUUAUAUUUGUUGAAGACUGUCUCAGUUUUCAUAUAAGGUGCAAUGAUGAGUAAGAAAAAAAUAAAAUUUGAUAAAAGUCAGUUCAUUUUUUUACACAGUAUUAAUAUUACUAAAAUAUUUCAAUGAAAAAGCUACUGUGCUGAGGUCAAAUAUGCAUAUGCUAUAUGUGUGUGUAAAAAGCUGUUUGCUAGCCUGUUAGCCACAACAGCAUUAAAGUCAUAUGAUAGCUGCACACUUAUAAAGUGGCCAGAAAAAAAAUGUAUUGGAGUCUUAAAAUAAGCUACAGUAGCUGGUAUUCAGUAGAUUACAGUAAAAAAAAAAAAAAAAAAAGCUAAAAAGUCCCCUCUUUCCUUGUGACAAUAAAAACAUCUUGGUUUAGUUCCAGACUGCAAUAAAUUCACAUUUUAAAUUGUGCAUGCAUAAAAGUGUCAUCCACACUUUUAUAGUCUGGAGAGGUGUUCAGUGCGGGUCUUAAAUGUGAGCCCUCACUGUUUAUAACAAUCAACAGUUCAGUUUUAUACACAGUUCACAGAAGGUUCCCUGUUCAGACCUUGUUUGCAUGUUCUCCUUGUGCCUCCCUGGGUUCUCUCCAGAUAUUCCAGCUUCCUCCCAGAGUCCAAGACAGUUAGGUGAGCCUGUGGUUCUAAAUUAGCCAGUUAAGUAUUUGUUUCUCUGUGUUAGACAGACUGGCAACCUGUCCAGAGUGUACCCUUUUGCCUUGUGGUAGCUCAGAUAGGCUCUAGCCCCACAUCACCCUAAACUCAAUAAAAAGUUAAGAAAAUGGAAUGGAUACUAACUUCUUAAGAACUACGCAAAAACUUCUGUAAUCAUUUGUUGGGAGGUCAAUUCAUGAUGACAUCGCUUUGGGACGGCAAAGCAGUGCUCAUCUGUUUCCACAUGCUCUGCACAAAGUGCUGUCAGAGUAGGCUGGAGUCAGGACCCAAAAACCAACAAAAAUAAUCUUUGAUUUUAGAAAAUUGCAACAAAGGUCACAUAAAUCAAAAAUGCAGCUUGAGGAGAACACAGCUAAACUGAGUCAGGACUAUUUAUACACAUGAAGAGUAUCCUAAUCCUAAUUUUGAGUUAAUAAAUUAAUAAAAUCUCAAUUUUAUUUGUAGUUUCUGUAGUGAAAAACCCAAAAGUAUGGCAAAAUAAUAAUUGGAUUACAUGAAUCACUACCUCAAAACAAAUGAAGUUCAACUGCCAACAAGCUAUAACAAUAAAAUAAUGUUAAAAAUACUCACUUAGUUACCUGUAGUUCUCUGUUCCCCAACACUGGAAGUCACCCUGAAAGGAUUACAGAAAAAGCAUUAAUUCCUUUUGCUAUUGUUUUUAGUUUUGAGGCUAAAUAACUGCGCCGAGAUAUCACCCACCCUUAAAUGUGCCAAACAGUAAGCACACCACACAGACAAGCACAUGAAUCCAAAGCUUGACAGGGCUGCAGUGCAUUCUUUGAGUCACUAAAAUAGGACUGAAUGGCUGUUGAAUGGGAGGAAUCUAGCAAACGGUUAAUUUGGAGUAUUUUUCUCUGAAUGAGCCGGAAUCAGACAGCCUAAAAAAAACAAAAAACCUCCUUUCCUUCUUCUGCUGAGGGACAUACCGAUAGUGUUUGAGUGAGCAGAGGGACACAAGUCAUUAUGUUUGCCGUUGUAAUCCGUAAUUACACACGCACUAAGCAGACUGACUUAAAAACACAAUCCAACACAGAGGGUUUGAAAUGGGAGGAAUGGAGGAAUCACCAGCCGGGAGCAAACGAUUGAGCUUUUCAGGCACUUGUAAAAUGCCUCAGUUACACGCCGCCACAUCACACCCAUUUAGUUGGACUGCUCCUUUAUUUUGUGACUUCAGAUUUGAGCAGAAGCAGGAAAACGUGUGUCUUUUUUUGCUAGGCCUUUGCACAAAUCACUGCUUUCCACAUCUGAGCUGUCUCCAUCCAGUCAAACUGUAAGUAGUUUUCUAGGGAAAUUUAAAAAGAAAAAAAACACCUAGGGGUGUGUUAAAGUGUGUGUUUGUGUACAACAAACACACUUUGGCACCACAAUAUAAACCCCAACAACCUGAGCGGCUCAGUAUCACUGUGUAGUGUUAUAGCAGUGUGUAGACCCUGAACAAAUAUCUCUAUAAAUAUGACUCGGUGUACUAUUGAUGGUCACAAAGACUGUAAGUGGAGCAACUAUUUUUAUGAAAUGCAACACUAUGAAUAUAUUAACUUUUGCAAAAAUCUUGUUUACCUGUAUGAUAUUCUGAAACGCUGUCAAAAUAAACAAAACUCUUGACACAAGAUGGGAAAUUUCUUA